AUGGCCUCUAGGGAGACCUUGAGCCCGGAGGUCGUGCAGGUCUCGCUUGGGGCCUUGGAGCGGCUGCAGGCAUGCGGCGCGUUCCUGGAGCGGGAGCAGCACCCCAUCCGCGCCGUCAGGGACUGGUUGGCGACACGCGUGCUGCCGGCGCUGCUCGCCGCCCGCUCCCCAGCAAGGGGCUCGCCUGACGGCGCCACCGGCAAUGGCGGCAGCGGCGGCGGCAGCGGCGGCGGCGGCGGGCAGCAGCGGCCGCGGCAGGACGACGAGGAUCAGACUCAGGCGGAGUGGCUGCGGGAGGAGGAGCAGCAGCGGCAGAUUCGGCAGCAGCAGGGCUGGCGGCGGCGCGGCUCGCUGAGCCUGGCGCCCUCGGAGUCGCUGCCCUCGUCGCCGUCGCAGCAGCAGCAGCAGCAGCAGCAGCAGCAGCAGCAGCAGCAGCAGCAGCAGCAGCAGCUAUGGCCGCAGGAGGCGGAGGGCGAGGGGGACGACGGGGAGGAGCGGCCGCAGGACCCCCGGUUGGUGGAGCUUUUUGAGCUGCACCUGGGCUCCUGGGAUCGCUUUGACGUGUUUGAGGUGGCGCGGCUGUCUGGCGGCCAACCCCUGGAGGCGGUGUCCCUCGCGGCGCUGGAGCGGCUGGGGCUGAUGGACGGGCUGAGCAUCCCGCGCGACAAGAUGCGGCGAUACGUGCGGGCCAUCGAGCGCAUGUACCGCGGCGGCAACCCCUACCACUGCGCCACCCACGCGGCCGACGUCGUACAGACGGUGGCGUGCAUGCUGCUGGCUGACGGCCUGACUCAGCGGCUGACGCAGCUGGAGCUGCUGGCGGCUGUGCUGGCGGCCAUUGUCCACGACGUAGACCACAGGGGCGUGAACAAUGAGUUCCUCAUCCGCACGCGCGAUGACCUGGCGCUGACCUACAAUGACCUGAGCGUCAACGAGAGCCACCACCUGGCCACAGCAUUCAAGGUCAUGCGCAAGCCUGGCCACGACAUCCUGGCGCACCUGUCGCCGGAUGACUUUGCCUUUGUGAGGUCCCUGGUGGUCGACAUCGUCAAGGCCACGGACAUGCAGGAGCACCACCGCCUGGCGUCUGCCCUGAAGGACGACAUCCACGCCCUGGGGGCGGGGCUGGACCUCUGGGACGCAGUGGCGCGCGGCCACGCGGUGGCGCAGCUGAUGCACUGCGCCGACAUCAGCAACGCGGCCAAGCCGGCGCGGCUGAGCGUGGAGUGGGCUAAGCGCGUGACGGAGGAGUUUUGGCGCCAGGGUGACCUGGAGGCUGCCCUGGGCCUGCCAGUGCAGCCGCUGCUGGACCGCACCCGCCCCAACGUGCCCGCAUGCCAGGUGGCGUUCCUGCAGCUCUUUGUGAAGCCCUCCUUUGAGCUGCUCUCCCACAUCGCCCCCACCAGCUGCGCCGCGGCGCUGCGCCACUUUGAGGCAAACCUGACUCGCUGGCAGGCGCUCGCAAAGGCGGGCGAGCGCGGGUUCGGCCCCGACGCCGCCGAUGGCGCGGCCGAGGGGGCCCCUGCGCAGCAGCAAGAGCAGCAGCAGGAGCAGGGGCGGGAGCAGCGCCGGCCGGCGCGGUGA